AUGGCGAGAAAUAAACUUAACGGGCUUUGGAUUCAUGGUUCUUGGGUUGCUGACCCGCCAAUCAUUAUGAAGCAUAUUCAAGAUAACAUGAGAAAGAAGUUUACGGAACCUGUGAUAUCAAGACCUCGGAUGCCACUAGAUGGGUUUUCGAAGUUAUCAGACUUGGAGGCAAACCGAUUAAUUGAAAAGUUCACGAGGGAAGAAGUAAAGGCGGCGGUCUGGGAGUGUGGUUCGGAUAAAGCGCCGAGUCCCAACGGGAUCACUUUUGCCGUUGUCAAAAGGUUCUGGAAUGAGCUUGAAGGAAACGUGAUAGACAUGAUGGAGCAGUUUCACGUCCACGGGUCUCUUCAGAAAUCAUGUAGUGCCUCCUUCAUUUCAUUGAUUACUAAAGUAAGUGAUCCAGUUACAUUAUCAGAUUUCAGGCCCAUCUCGCUUAUCGGUGUCAUCAACAAAAUUAUCUCUAAGAUGCUGGCUAUUUGA